AUGGCCUCUGAAAAAGAUGCUUGUCCUGCCUUCCCUAAACUGUUCGACAACUGCCCUGUUGAGACUCCCCAGAAGCCUACCAAUAAGUACCAAGACAUUCAUUUGCCACGGUUUUCACUAAGGCAAGGGAUGAUCCCAAUGCGUUACGUCAUGCCUUGGAAAGAAAACAUGAGAUUCAGGAAUGUGAACCUGAAGCACGCAGAAGCAUCUGGGAUCUACACUGGCCCAUUAGAAGAUUCUCUGUUUCUGAGUUGCAGAGAAAGGCUUUGCCAUGGGGAAGAUCGUAAAAUUGUCUUUAGGAAAAGCCCACCGGAGAUAAAAAUCAUGGACAUGCCUUUGCAUUCACCCCUCUCCAGAUACCAAAGCACUGUGAUUUCCCAUGGCUUCAGGAGGCGGCUGGUCUAAUGACAGCAGAAGGCACUAAAGCUGGGCUCAGCCUACAGCUCAGCAGGAGAACACCUGUGUGAUGUGUGAGA